UAUUUAUUUAUUUAUUUAUUUAUAAUAAUAAGGUUUUCGUUAUCAGUUGUAAUUGUAUUGUUAAGUGCAGAUUUUAUUUAUAAUUCGGAGUUGGUAAAAGGGAGGAAGAGGCGGGAAAGGAAGUUUUUGUCGCUGCGGCUGAAAAAAAUCUAACAGAUGCAUGGAUGUUUAUAUGCUACCAGAUUCAAGGAUCGCAAAAAAACAAUUGAAUCUAAUACACAAAACUUUAUUCAAAACAUUAUUUACAAACCUAUUUGGAAGAGGGUUAUAUCGAUCAUUGGAGUCUAUCAAAAGUCUAAUCAACAUAUAUACCACAAUAACAAACUGAACCAAACAAAACUAUGAGACGACUCAUAACUCUCAUUCUACUUUUCAUUCUUAAUUCCCCAUUAUCUUCAAGUCAUAUCAUAAGUAAAUUAAGUUCCAAAUUAAACUUGGGUAACAACAAUAACAAUAUCAUCAACUCUAAUUUGAAUUUAUCACCUUAUGCACAUCAACAAGAUCAAUCUUUACAUGGCAGACCUUUGGUAGAUCCAUUAAAUCCAUUUGUAACAGCUACCGCUCAUACUCAACCACCUGGUUCAACUCCAACAUCAACACCCGCCAAUGGAAAUCCACCAUCUCAACCUCAACAACCAAUAUUAUUACCUCUACCAAGUUUGAAAUUUCCUAAAUGGUUGACUGAUUUCACCGGAUUAACCGAAUGGCCAGGAAUGGAUCCUCCUUAUAUACCCUUAGAUUUUAUUAAUUUUAAUAAUAUUCCUCCUCAUAUUCCAAUUCAUCAACAAGGUCAAUGUUCAGGAUUAAAUAAUGGAGAUUUAAGUCAAUGUUCAUUUGAUUGUUUUAAUUGUGUAUCAUUUGAUGAUGUUUAUACUUGUCCUAAAUUAAGUCAAACUUUUGAUGAUGGUCCAUCACCAUAUACAUUAAAAUUAUUAGAUAAUUUAAAAACUAAAUCAACUUUUUUUACAUUAGGUGUACAAAUUAUUAGAUAUCCUGAAAUUUAUCGUAAAACAGUUGAAAAGGGCCAUAUUAUGGGUUCUCAUACUUGGAGUCAUAAAUUUUUACCUGGUUUAUCCAAUGAACAAAUUAUUGCUCAAUUAGAAUGGUCGAUAUGGGCCAUGAAUGCUACUAAUGGUCAUUUACCUAAAUGGUUUAGACCUCCUUAUGGUGGAAUUGAUAAUCGAAUUCGAAGUAUAAUUCGUCAAUUUGGUAUGCAAGCUGUUUUAUGGGAUUUUGAUACUUUUGAUUGGAAAUUGUUGGAUGCUACCAAUUAUAAUCAUAAACCACAAGAUAUUUAUAGUAAUUUAAAUCAAUUUAAAAUUAAUAAUGGAGGUAAAGGAUUAAUAUUAGAACAUGAUGCUGUUAUAAAUACGGUUGAUAUUGGAAUUGAAAUUAAUCAUAAGAUAUUACAAAAUGAAAUUCAAUUUACGGUACCUCAAUGUGUAGGAGGAAUUGAUUAUAUUAAAAAGUUUGAGGGAAUGAAAUAAUUUUUUUAUCUAUAAAUAAACAAUAUUUAUUAAAAAAGAAAAAUAAAGUAAGUAUAUAUAAUAUAUAUAAAAUAAAUAACCAGUAUCAAAAUAAAUAAGUAAAAUUAGAUUAGAAUAAGAUAGAUUAGACUAGAUCAUCUUUAAAGUAGCUAAUAAAUAAAU